CAAAAAGGACUUUGGAGCUUGAAAGAGAAAGCUCCAAAGGUUGAGUUUAUUUUCUAGAUAAUUAGUGUUAUAGGGCCAGUCCAUUAGCUAGUACCAGAAUUUCUAGACCAGGCUGCAGAAACGCAACAGAACCUGAAGAAAGAACAUAUAGUGACUUCCCAGGACCACAAGCGGUUGUACCCCAUGACGGAACAGGUGAUUGAAGCCAACAGUGUGCCUGGCAUUACUGCCCCAGGUAAUGUUCAUGUCAUCCAGCCCAGCUACUCUGUGGCCUCUGGAAGUCAUGUGCAGCCUUCAGGGGUGACCGUUUACCCAGUCUCACCAAAAGUAAUCCAGUAUGCUACAGGAAGAGCAAACUUACAGAACCAGUUCGUGGUGGACCAGAACCCAGUGGCAGGUGCACCGAGUCAACCCCUUGGGUAUCAGCAGCAGUAUCUGGUGGGAGCAGCCAGUUUGCAGACUGCGCCUGGAGUGAUCCAAUGCGCACAGGGAACGACGAAUUUCCAGACACGACCUGGCAACCCUCAGAAUCCUCUGAAUGCUAACCCUGGGCUGACACCCACCUCAAACUCGUUCCAAUGGAACAUGUCAUUUUCAUCAUUUACUGCAUUUGAUCCCAAGAAAUUCAUAAAUGAGGAGGUCAGAACAUUAGGGGCCAUCCAGAUCCUCAUCGGCCUGACGCACAUCUUCUCUGCAAUUCACCCUGUGCUGUAUCGCUGUACUCUUUUGCCAUAUUGUUCUACAACCGGGAUUUCAGGGUACCCAGUCUGGGGAGGACUAUUCUAUAUUACAUCUGGAUCCCUCUCAGUAUGGGCUUCAAAGGACCCCAGCCCUUGUGUGGUGGACACCAGCGUUGGCCUGAACGUCAUCAGCGCACUCUCGUCCCUCGUCGGGAUCGUCAUUCUCUUUGUAGAUCUGUGCACUGACUAUAAGCUGGUAGAUAUAAAGACAAUUUGUGGUGGUCUGCUCCCCUUCGCCCUCCUGGAGUUCAUCCUCACUUGUGUGGUCUCAUAUUUUGGGUGCCAGGCUACCUGCUGCAGACAAUUUGGGAAUGCAACAGGGAUUCCAGCCAUAUUCAGUUUCAACCCAUCCAGUACUACCACCAGCCCUGUCAAUGUGACCACUGGCCCUGUCAAUGCUACCACCGGCCCUGUCAAUGUGACCACCGGCCCUGUCAAUGCUACCACCAGCCCUGUCAAUGCUGCCACCAGCCCUGUCAAUGUGACCACUGGCCCUGUUAACACCACCACUGGCCCUGCCAACACUACCACCAAUUCUGUCAAUGCUAUCUACACCAACAAUGUACCCCCUGAACCCUCAUAUCAAGAAAUAACUGAUUUGCCCAAAGCUAGAUGACAUGGGAUGCCUGUCUUAACCACAAGGGGAUGCACUGCAGCCGUGUCUUUCCUCCUCCCUGAAACUUCCAGGCCCAUAACCCUAGCCUUGCUGCCAGACUGAAAUGAACAAGCAUUUCCUCUCCUCUUCACCCCAACCUUCAUUUUUGUUACUGAUGCCUUUUUUUAAUUUAUAAAUAAUUUUCCUUUGGUUCUUGGAGUGCAGGGCGCAUUUUUGUUCCAUGGUUCCUGAUGUGUGCUCACUGCUGAAAAACCAGUUCUAAACCAGUGCCUCAGCCAUGGAAUUCUUGUAGGUCCAACUUCUGCCCAGUCCCCGGCUCUAACUGUGACACAGUUCUCCCCCACAGAAAAGGGGGAACAAUGUAGAGUGUGUUCAGUAUUCCCUGGUGUGGGAGUGGAGGAAAACCUUUGUGACCUAGAGUUAGGUAAAGAGUUUUUAAACAAGGCACCAAAAAUACAAUUCACCAAAGGGAAAAAAAAAUCAAUAAGUUGAACUUAGAAUUAAAAACAGUUGCUUUUACUCCAAGAAUGCUAUGAAGAAAAAGAAAAAGAAAAAAAAGAAGUAGCUUUGUGAAAGAUCUUGUUAAGAUGAAAAGUCACAGCCCAGGAGAAAAUAUUUUCAAAUCACAUAUCUGACAAAGGACACAUUUCCACAAUAUAUAAAGAACUCUCGAAACUCAACAGUAUGAAAAAAAAUCUAAUUACAAAUUAGAUCGAAGGCUUGAACAGAAGCUCUGACAAAGAGAAUAUAGGAUUGCAAAUAAGCAUAUGAAAAGAUGUUCAUUGUCAUUAGCCAGUACAAUGAAACACCACUACACACCUAUUAGAAUGGUCGAAAUAAAAAAUACUGAUAAUACCAAGUGCUGGUGAAAACACAGAGCAGCUGGAGCUCUCAGAUGUUGUUAGAAUAUCAAUGGCACUGCUGCUCUGGAAAACAACUUGGCUGAUCAUUAUAAAGCAAAGUAUACACUGACCAUAUGACUCAGCAAUCUCACCCCUGGGUAUUUAUCUCAGAGAAAAUAAAACUUACUUUGACACGAAA